AUGCACCUCGACACAGAUCACGUUCCUUCACAGUCAACUCCAGCCGUUACCACCGAUAUUGAGCUCGCCCAGUGGUCCCUUAUCGGGAUUGUCACAACUUUGAGCAACAUCGAUGUUCAUGCGGAGAAACGAUGUCUCCUUUCCGCUUGGAACUGUAUUGCUCCCUGGCUCCUCUUCUUUCAUAACCAGUUCAUUAUGUGCGGGGCCAACUAUAGACCCAUCGACAGGACGCCUGCCAUCAAGCUUGUUGCCAGCAUGCUCUUUCACGGCUUGAUUGCUGGCCGCGACUCUGACGGGAACUCAAAACUCGCCACUACACCCAUCCUUUUCCGCCCGAUCGCAGAGUUGUGGAUGUUAGCGAUUGAAACAAAAGAUGAAGAUGUGUUGAACAUUCAAAUGCCAUUACAUGACCUCGGUCGCAUCACUUCUCUUCGACUUGUCACCAUCUUCUUGGUUGGCGAAUGCAUGCGCAGCGAAUCCUUUGUGAACACACUAGUGGAAGUGUCAGGUGGCAUUGGCCCCUUCACUUCUGCAGCUCUGAAGUAUGUCAAGGCCAUAGCAUCAGUGACCAAUUUGAAGGACCCUGAUAUAACCUCCGAGGCCGUCCGGAUCGAGUUGAUUCAAGUCGUAACAAUGUUUUCGACCUGUGUUGGAUUUAUCACAGGAACGAGCAUGCAAAGUGGUGCAAUACGGGAAGGAUUCAUCGUCCGACACUCCAUCAGACAUAUUUUCUCAACUCUCCGUAUUCUGCAGCCUCUUAUCCCUGGCAGAGGGAGCACCGAGAAAGCCCUCGCCUCGAGUUUCCAGUACCUCUUCUUUCUCCUUGAACGUGCCGACGUCCCUGUCUCAGUGUUCCACGAAGCUCUCCGCGCACGUGCCCUUGAAAUAGCGGUUCGUAUGGCUCCCUUCGAACCCGCGAAGAUGGAAGCGAAUCUUCAUAAUAUCAGCGCAGAUUUUUUCGAGAUAUUAUACCAUUAUCUUGUUCACGACAAAAUCUUGACCUACACCUGCAAACAUGUGAACACCUGGUCAAACACUCUCGGACCGAUCGCGAGACAAGACGAAAACCUCUGGAAGGAUUGGUCCGCAAUGGAGCGGACGAUACGAUCGUAUGUCAGUCUCAGGUCUAAGGAGGAAAUGAUAAGGCGGCCAUUGUCCAAUGAAAAGGGCUGGUUUCUAAAAUGUUAUUGUAGUGGCAUUACAAAAGACAUUCAGCUGAGGCAAUGCGCGGGAUGUCAAGUUGUGCGGUACUGCUCAAAGCAAUGCCAGCGUGAUUCAUGGUAUAGUCACCAUAGGUUGAGCUGCAAAUUUCUCAAGGCAGCUGUCGGCUCAUCGACACCGCACUACGUGAAGCGUAGUCUCCGCCUUCUAGCUGCCCUAGAAGACAGACAGAUGUCAUGCCAAGGGGACGACGACAUUCCGAAGUUAGUCGCCGCUGCGCAACAACAAUAUCCGACAGACCAGGAACGGCUGGUGGUCGAGCUCGGUGUAGAUAAGCUUGAUGUAUCAGUUCGGCCUCUUCGACACUAUCUCUUCCUGUUCAAUGGGCUCUCUGAAAACGACAUCGUGGAAAGCUUAUCGUCCUGGAACUUGAAAGAACCAAGGGUCCAUCGAUCAUUCUUGUGUUCGGUGAUUGCGAUAAACGAUCAAUAUUAUUCACGACAAAUCUUAUUCAGCCCACGUACUGCAUUAAACAUGGAGAUGAAGUUGGGCCGUAAGCGUCAGUAA